UUAAACAAGCUUUUUAGACAAAAAUUCCCAUAACAAGCUUUUCAAUAUAUCUCUUAGUUUAACCAAUUCACUUGUUUAGUUAAUAUAAUAAUAGCCCCUUGUUCAUAAAUGGAAUACAAUUAUUAUUGAAGCAUCAAAUGCGUGGAAGACUCUGCAAUUACUGGUUGACUAAACCAUCGAAGACUCGGCCCAUUUCAUCACUACAUUGCACUGAGUCAAUGACAUCAGCUAUCAGCGGUUCAAUCCUAUUCAUCCUUGUCUUACCAUGGCAUUAGAAUUCGUCGGUGGUGCUCUUCUUUCUGCUUUCCUUCAGGUGGCAUUCGAGAAGCUAGCUUCUCCCCAAAUUCUCGAUUUCUUUUGUGCAAAGAAGCUUGAUCAGAAGCUGCUGACCAAGUUGGAAACCAAGCUGAAUUCAAUCAAUUCUCUGGCUGAUGAUGCAGAGAGAAAGCAGUUCACGGAUCCACAUGUCAGAAACUGGCUGCUUAAGGUCAAAGAUGCUGUCCUUGAUGCAGAAGAUCUCUUGGAUGAUAUACAAAAGCUCUCCAAAAGCCAACUGGAUGCUGAAUCUGAAUCUCAAACCUCUACAGGCUGCACUUGCAAGGUACUCAAUUUCUUCAAAUCUUCUCCUAUUAGUUCCUUUAACAAGGAAAUUGAGUCUAGGAUGGAAGAAAACCUUGACGAUUUAGAAUUUCUCUCAAGCCAAAAGGGUGCUCUAGGAUUGAAAACAACUAACAGUGUUGGAUAUGGGUUGAGCAAUGAACUGCCACAAAAAUCACAAACAACAUCUUUGGUGGUUGGAACUGACAUUUAUGGCAGAGAUCAUGAUAAAGAAGUUAUUUUUGAGUGGCUGACGUCUGACAUCAAUCGUAACCAGCCAUCAAUACUUUCUAUUGUGGGAAUGGGCGGAGUGGGUAAGACCACUCUUGCUCAACAUGUAUUCAAUGACCCAAGGGUGGAUGAGCCUAAAUUUAAUGUCAAAGUUUGGGUUUGUGUUUCACAAGAAUUUGAUGUUUUCAAGUUAUCAAGAGCAAUUCUUGAAGCUGUCACUAAAUCAACUGAUGAUAGCAGAGAUAUGGAGAUGGUUCAUAGAAGAUUGAAAGAAAAAUUGAUGGGAAAGAAAUUCUUUCUCAUUUUGGAUGACCUUUGGAAUGAAAACCAACCUAAAUGGGAAGAAGUGAAGAAGCCUCUUGUUUUUGCGGCCCAAGGGAGUAGGAUUCUUGUCACCACACGAAGUAAAGAAGUUGCUUCUACCAUGCGGUCAGAAGUUUACUCCCUAAAGCAAUUACAUGAAGAUCAUUGCUGGAAAUUGUUUGCUAAACAUGCAUUCCGAGGUGAUGAUGAUACUCAACCAAAUCCAGAAUGCAGGGAUAUUGGAAUGAAGAUUGUUAAAAAGUGUAAAGGGCUACCUCUUGCCUUGAAAACAAUGGGAAGCAUGUUAUACAACAAAUCAUCUCUUUCAGAAUGGAAAAUUGUGUUUCAAAGCGAAAUAUGGGAAUUUUCAAAAGAGCAAUGUGAUAUUAUUCCCGCUUUAGCAUUGAGCUAUAUCCACCUUCCUUCCCAUCUCAAGGCCUGCUUUGUUUAUUGUGCCCUCUUUCCCAAAGAUUAUGAGUUUAAGAAGGAGCAUCUGAUACACUUGUGGAUGACUGAAAAUCUCUUACACUGUCGUCAACAUAGUAAGACUCGAGAAGAAGUUUGCCAACAAUACUUCAAUGAUCUACUAUCAAGGUCUUUCUUCCAACAAUCAGGUGAAAAGGUAGGACUAUUUGUCAUGCAUGACCUCCUAAAUGAUUUGGCAAAAUAUGUGGGUGGAGACAUAUACUUUAGGUGGGAAGUUGAUCAAGCCGAAAAGAUGCAAAAAGUAACUCGUCAUUUGUCACUUGAACUUGGUGACAACAAAUAUUUUGAUGGGUUUGGAACUUUAUUCAAAACGGAAAGGUUGCGUACAUUUCUGCCAACAUCAGAUAGGAAAUUGGUUUACUUAUAUUGGUAUUGCAAUAUGUCGAUACAUGAAUUGUUCACCAAGUUCAAGUUCUUGCGUAUUUUAUCUCUCUCUCAUUGUUCUAACCUUAAAGAAUUACCCGAUUCUGUUGGCAAUCUUAAGCAUCUUCGUUCGUUAGACCUCUCUUGGACUGAAAUAAAAAAAUUAUCUGAAAAGAUAUGUUCACUUCCCCACUUACAAAUAAUGAAGUUGAACUGCUGUAGCCUUUUGGAAGAGUUGCCCUCAAAUUUGCAUUUACUCACCACUUUGUGUCGCCUUGAAUUUAUAUUCACUAAAGUGAGAAAAGUGCCACCAGGUUUGGAAAAACUAAAGAAUCUAAAAGUAAUGAUGACUACCUUUGAGGUUGACCAUGGUAUGGAGUCGGGUAUUCAAGUGCUAGGAAAGCUCAACAUCCUUUAUAAAGACCUAUCAAUUGGGGGACUACAAUACGUUGAGAAUCCUGAGGAUGCAUUAGAAGCUGAUUUGAAGAACAAAACACAUCUUGUGAGGCUAACAUUGGGAUGGGAGAGGAUUGGGAACUCUAUGGAUUCAAAAAAAGCAGAGGUAAUUGAGAAUCUGCAACCUUCCAAAAACUUAAAGGAGUUGUCAAUCUCUGAUUAUGGUGGGAAUAAAUUUCCAAAGUGGUUAUUUGAUGAUUCUUUACCAAAUCUAGUGUCCUUAGAGUUGGCUAACUGUGAAUUUUGCCCAAGCUUACCUCCGCUUGGUCUUUUACCAUUUCUAAAGACGCUGUAUAUUUCAGGGUUUGAUAAGGUAGUGAGCAUUGAUGCUGAUUUUCAUGGGAACAACUCUUCUUCAUUUCAAUCCCUUCAAAGGUUGGAGUUCUCCUAUAUGAGGCAAUGGGAAAAAUGGGAAUGCCAAUUUGUGACAAGUGCUUUUCAAAAUCUUCGAAUUCUUUCUUUAAAGGAUUGUCCGAAACUGAAAGGACAACUGCCAGAGCUACUUGUUCCUUUGGAAACACUAGAAAUUACAGGUUGCCAACAACUUGAAGUUUUGCCUCCCAGGACUCUAGAAUUAGACCUACGUCACUCUGGAAAGUUGCAAUUGGAUUGGGCUCCAAUGGAGUGGCCUAGAAUGGGUGGGCACCACAUGAAAGCAUUAUUUUCUAAAGGUGAUGGGUCCCGCACUCUUCAUAAGUUGGAAAUUGAAGACUCAAUCGAUGACUCUAUCCCUCUAACGACUUUUCCACUAGAUUCCUUCCCAACAGUCAAGAGACUUGUUCUCUCUAGGUUUGGUAAUCUACAUAUGAUCUCACAGGAUCAAGCUCAUCAAGAUCUUGGAGAUCUAAUAAUCAGCGAGUGCCCUAAAUUAGAAUCAUUUCCUGCAAACAUACAUAUGUUGCUUCCAUCUCUAUGGAGGCUACGGAUAAUGGACUGUCCAAGGCUUAAGUUGUUGUCUAGCGGAGGUUUGCCAUCGAAUCUAGAAGAGAUGAAACUCAUUAAUUGCUCUAGACUUGUUGGGUCACUGAAAGGAGCUUUCGGAGACAGUUCUUCUUUGGAAAGCUUAGAGAUAGCAGAAUUGGAUGCAGAAUGUUUUCCUGAUGAAAGUUUGCUUCCACCCUCUCUUGCUAAACUAACCCUUCGUGAUUGUCUAAAUCUAGAAAAACUAGACUAUAAGGGGCUUUCCCAACUCUCAUCUCUCCAGUCAUUGGCUCUUCUGCACUGCCCCAAACUCCAAUGCUUACCAGAACAGGGUUUUCCCCAAUCAAUUUCGAAUCUUAAAAUAAUCAAUUGUCCUUUACUUAAACAGCGUUGCCAGAGGGGAGGCCAAGACUGGGAAAAGAUUGCUCACAUUGAAUGUCUCAACAUGUGGUAGUGAUGUUGUUCGUUUUGAAUACUAUUUUUCUUUUGAAUGUGUAUAAACUACUUUUCUCUUU